AGCUCGAGUUCCACAAUUUGGAACCGUAGCUUGUCUCUCCUAUCUUAUCAGGGUCUUGUUUGCAUCCAACCAGUUUUUUCCAAGACCUAGGCUUUGAUAGUUAAAAUAGAAACCACCAUGGGUAUUGCUGGUUAUAGUUAUAGUUGGUUUCUAUUGUCAUUUUUCGUCCUAAUCCCAACCCUAGAAGCUCACAUCGCUGAAUAUGAUGAGUAUUGGAAGGCACGAGAAUUGGAAGCCACUGAGAACCUGAACAAGGCUUAUUUCCCCAAUCCGGAGGAAGUGGUCCAGCAUUAUAAUGACCACUUUGCUAGGACCAUGCUUGAGUUUAAUAGCACCAGAAGGGCAUUGAAAGGAAAGAAAAAAGGUCCUUGCGAGAUUACCAACCCCGUUGAUAGUUGUUGGCGAUGUGAUCCUAACUGGGAAAAGAAUAGGAAGAGGCUGGCUGACUGUGCCCCUGGAUUUGCUCGUGGUACUAUUGGUGGAAAGCACGGAAAGUUUUACGUGGUCACUGACCCUAGUGAUGAUAUUGCUAACCCCAAGCCCGGAACUCUACGUCAUGCUGUCACCCAACUCAGGCCACUUUGGAUCACUUUCAAAAAAUCCAUGAUCAUCAAGCUGGAACAGGAGCUCAUUGUUACAAGCGACAAGACCAUUGAUGCGAGGGGAGCCAAUGUGCAUAUUUGCAAAGGUGCUGGUAUUACUAUCCAGUUUGCUAGGAAUGUCAUUAUCCACGGCCUCCAUAUCCAUCACAUUAAACCUGGCAAUGGUGGCAUGAUCAGAGAUACUGAAAACCACAUUGGGUUAAGGACUGCCAGCGACGGAGAUGGGAUCUCUCUUUUCGGAGCAACCAACAUUUGGCUCGACCAUCUUUCCCUUUACGAUUGUUUCGAUGGCCUUAUCGAUGUUAUUCAAGGUUCCACUGCCGUUACCAUUUCCAAUUGCCAUUUCACUGACCACACCGAUGUGAUGUUGUUCGGAGCAAGUGACUCCUAUGUUGCCGACGAGAAGAUGCAGAUCACUGUUGCUUUGAACCACUUCGGUAAAGGAUUGGUAGGGAGGAUGCCUAGAUGUCGAUUAGGUUUUAUUCAUGUCGUCAAUAAUGACUACACUCACUGGUUCAUGUAUGCCAUUGGUGGUAGCAGCCACCCUACAAUUAUAAGCCAGGGUAAUAAGUAUUCCGCGUCAGGAAGCUACGUGACUAAGGAGGUGACUAGUAGGGGCUACUUGCCACCUGAGCAGUGGAAGAAAUGGAACUGGGUAUCACAAGGUGACCAGUUCAAGAAUGGUGCCUAUUUUACUCCAUCCGGUGAUCCGAAUGCAUCCAAGCUAUUUGGCGCCAACAAAAUGAUGCCUUUCAAACCCGGUCGAUUGGUCCCCAAACUCACAAGGUAUGCUGGAACACUCCACUGUAGAACCGGCCGCCCUUGCUAAAAACACUAUUAUGAUAUGAAUGUGUCCUCUCUUUUUGUUAUUUACAACAUUUGAUACCCAUGAAUUAUACAUUUGGGAUUUAUUGGGAAUGAUUGUGAGGAAAUGUUUUUAUGUAAUUCCACCCUAUUUUUUUCUUCUCUCAUAAUAUAAUUAGAAAUCUUAUCGCACGCGU